GUUGAGAAGAAAUGAAAAAAAUCUGACGACAUGCGACUCUGCUGAAGCAUCAGGACUCCUCCAGAGUCAUCCGAUUUACUAAUUGCAGUAUCAUGGCGACUUGGGUAUAUCCCCAGCUGCCUCCGGAUCAGCUCAAGCGGGAGGAAGAAGAGUCACUGUCCCGUGAGCUCGAAUGGCUUCUUCGGUCGCUGCAGGAAUCUCUGGCUGCUUUGCGGGAGGGACUUCAAGAGUGUGCUGCCCUUCUUGCUCCCACGGAGCCCGGCUCUACCCUGGUGCUUUCUUCUCUCCGGUCCGAGAGCGUCAAAGGCUAUGUCACGCGGGUAGGGCCGAGGAUCGUGAAAGGGGACGUUCACCUCCGACUGAACUCUUUACCUCCUCCUCGCGGCUCACAUGCCACCAGACUUUGUCUUUCUACGAGUCCUACCGCCCCAGAGUUAAUACUGGACCAGAUUGCACUAGCGCGCCGGCACAUAAAUGACAGUCUCGACGUAGUGGACGUCAGCACCUUUACGGGUGAUCCCAUGAAUGCUAACUUUAUAUCCGGCCAGUUACGGUUGUUGCAAGAGCACAUAAUGGAAGCGCGGCAUGCCUUAAAGGGUGACCGCGAGGAUAUGAGGAAGCCUUGGAAUGAAGGCAGCGCGGAUGCAAAUGCAUUCGAUCCACCGCUACCUAGUCAUUUAUCGUUUUACCUUAGUGUCUCCGAGGCGGCGUUAGUCCUGUACGUUCGUACACUGGAGCCACAUGCCACUUCCGAUAUCCCAACUACCUACUUUGCUCCAGAAAUCGGCCUAAGCGGCUUUUCUCUUCGAGAUCGUCUGUUCGGAACCAAACAUCAAAGUCAUGAUGAAUCGGGGGAUGUAUUCUGCUGGAACGGCGAGGAAGUUAAAGUGAAAGAGAAGGUCAGGGUGGAAAGUCAGGACCCUAGCUUGAUGGCGGCCAUGGCCAAGCUCACUGCUUUAGAACAUGAAGUUGCAAAGCUCAAGAAGGCGCUUGCUGUUGUAAUGGGAGAUGAGGAGAGCGACAGCGACUGAAUAGGUAUUAGUGCAUCUUGAACCAAAGUUUCUUAAUCAUAUCAUGGGAUCAUUUGGGUUGAAAGCCUGUAGCUAUAAGACCGUCCAUCUUACAAUAUCUCUUUUGCAAUAAUAACCAUCGUAGAACUAUAUAGUAGGUCUUCUGCUGUCUGCAGAGUACUCCAUA